AUGGACGCCGACUGGCUGGCCGAGCACUUUUCAGCGCGCCGCAUCGGCCACGGCAAAAAGGCCAAGGGCACUGCCAAAGCCCGUGCCUUUGAUCCUCGACGCAGCUUUGGGGUAUAUCAACUCCAAUGCCCCGCGCUCGCCAAGCUGGCGCAGGGUUCGACCGCUGGCGUGCCGAGGGCGCGAGAUACUCUGGAGAUUCACGGGUUGGUUGACGGCCGCGACGACGCACUCAUGUGUACGCUGCGCGUGGCUGGCUUGAUGCAGGGCGUGGCUGUCCUGGCGGGGAGUAGGAAGGUUCUGGGGGACGUGGUGCGAGAGCUCGAGGAGGAGGAGCAAGAAGACGAGGCAGAGGGCUCUACUGAUGAGGACGUUGAGGACGAAGACAUGAGCAGCAUCGAGAAGGAUGACGAACGAGAGCGGCGUCGGUACCAGGCCUUUGAGAAGAAUUCGUUCCGCAGCCCCAAAUUUUGGAUGCGCUGGCGUGCCGUGGUCCAUGCGGCGGCCGCUGACAAGGACACCGACAGCGAAGCAGGAGGCGGGCGACGGACUGUCGAGGUGGAUGGCGGGUACGUCGUCUUCAGUGGAAGUGACUGUUCUGGAUUCCAGGGGACGAUCAGCUGCACGUCCUUGGGGCUGGAGAACGUCAAGAUCACGGGGGUCAGGGUUGUCUCCAAGGCCACAGAGUGUCAGGUCGGAUGGAUGGAUGUGGUACUUUUGAAAGCUGAGUCGACAGAUGGGGAUACGCUUGUAAAGAGCCCUGCAGAAUCAACAUGA